AUGGCAACAAACGGCAACACAAACCACCAGGAGCAAUGGCGGGAGUCCGGUGGCGCCCCUUCCGACGCCCCCUCCACUUCUAACGCUGACAGCACCCCAUCGAAGGAUGAAGUUGGCUGGUACUUUGUCCAACAAUACUACACCACCCUGAGCAAGAACCCCGACAAGCUUCACCUCUUCUACAACAAGCGAUCCCAGUUUGUCCAAGGUCUGGAGGCUGAGCUCUCUCCCGUCGCAGUUGGCCGACAGGCUAUCUCGGAGCGCAUCAAGGAGCUUGACUUCCACGACUGCAAGGUCCGAGUCUCCAACGUUGACUCCCAAGCCUCAUACGACAACAUCGUCAUUCAGGUCAUCGGUGAGAUCUGCAACAAGUCGGGCGAGCCGAAGAAGUUCGUCCAGACCUUUGUGCUCGCUCAGCAACCCGCCGGAUAUUUCCUGCUCAACGACAUCCUUCGAUAUGUGAACGAGGGAGAGGAGGAGGCCACCGAAGGUGCUGUCUCUGAGUCCGCCCCCGCCGUCGAGAUGGAGGCUCCCCAGGAGCCCGCUGCUGUCGCCGCUGCUGCUGCUCCAACGACCGAAGCCGCACCAGAGCCCGAGAAGGCUCAGGAAGAAGAGCCUGUCCAGGCCAGUUCCACCACCCUCGACCCGGAGGUUGUUGACAAGAAGCUUGAAGAAGCCAGCUCCACGGCCAAGGAUACUCCUUCUACCACCGCGGCCGAGACCCCCGUCGAGGCUGCUCCGGCCGUCGAGGAGGCUCCUAGCAAGGCUGAGGAAGCCGAGAAGAGCGCAGACCCGGAGAAGGCUGCGCAAGAGAUUGCCGAAGAGGAGGCCAAGAAGCCAGAGCUUCCCAAGGACCCAAGCCCCACCCCAGCCCCGUCGCGAGCCCCGGCUCCGGAGCCAGAGAAGCCCAAGGGACCUCCCAAGCCGAUGUCCUGGGCCAGCCGUGCUGCCGCCGCCGUCGGAGUCCCCGUCAAGCCCGUCGUCCCGCUCCCCAAGGCAGCACCUGCAGCGGCAGCUCCCGCCCAGCAGCGCUCUGCUGCUCCUGCUCAGCCGAAGCCCACUGCUGCUGCCCCUGCCCAAACUAGCGAGACCGCCGCUCAGUCUGCCGACAAGGAUGCUAGCGAGUGGCGGACCGCUGGCGCCGACUCCAAGAGACAGAGCCGACAGCAAUCUACCUCUACCCCUCCCGCUGAGAAGGAAGGCACGCUGGCGUACGUCAAGUUUGUGACAGAGAAGGUGAAGGAGGACGACCUGAGGACCGCUCUUGGCAGUUACGGCGAGAUGGUCUACUUCGAUAUUAACCGCUCCAAGAACUGUGCUUUCGUCGAGUACUCGUCCGCAGGUGGCUAUCAAGCUGCCAUUGGCGCCAGCCCGAUCACCGUGAACGGCGAGAACAUUGUUGUCGAGCCACGUCGUCCCAAGGCCGGUGCCUACGGUGGCGCCAACUACAACCAGAACCGAGGUAGUAUUUCCGGACGCGGACGCGGCUUUGACGGCCAGCGAUCUGGAAGCCAGGGAGGCGGACGUGGUGGCUACGCUUCCCGGGGCCGAGGCGGCGCUCCCCGAGGGCGUGGUGGCCCUCAAGCCACCAACGCGUGA